AUGACGAAAGGCUUGACAAGGACUAAGUACUAUCUAUCUAUCUAUCUAUCUAUCUAUCUAUCUAUCUAUCUAUCUAUCUAUCCAAGUCCCUUCAUUAUCUAUCUAUCUAUGUAUCUAUCUAUCCUUGUUCAUAUCUAUCUAUCUAUCUAUCUAUCUAUCUAUCUAUCUAUCUAUCUAUCUAUCUAUCUAUCUAUGUCUGUUCAUAUCUAUCUCUUUUCUUCUUCUUCUUUAGAACUUUCUUCCUUUACUUUCUUUUUUCUUCUUCUUCUUCUUCUUCUUCUUUUCUUCUUCUUCUUCUUCAGAACUUUCUUCUUCUCCUGCUCAACCUCUUCCUUCUCCUCUUGCUUCUCUUCUUCUUCUUCUUUAGAACUUUCUUCCUUUACUUUCCUCUUCGUCUGCUUCAGAAAUUUCUUCUUCUCCUGCUCAUUUUCUUCUUCUUCUUCUUCUUCUUCUUCUUCUUCUUCUUCUUCUUCUUCUUCUUCUUCUUCAGAACUUUCUUCUUCUCCUGCUCAACCUCUUCCUUCUCCUCCUCCUCCUUCUUCUUCUUUAGAACUUUCUUCUUUUACUUUCCUCUUCAUCUUCUUCAGAAAUUUCUUCUUUUCCUGCUCAUUUCCUUCUUCUCCUUCUUCUUCAGAACUUCCUUUUUCUCCUGCCUCUACUCAUCCUCUUCUUCUUCUUCUACUUCAGAACCUUCCUCUUCUGCUCUUCUUCUUCUUCUUCUUCUUCUUCUUCUUCUUUAAACUGAAACUCUUUCUUAGUCUUCUUUCAGAGGAAACCCUUACACUUCUUUAUUUUUAUUCCUGA